AUGAAGGGAGAAGCUGGAAGUGUGCCACACAAUGAAAAGCAAAAGCAGGUAAAUGCGAGCACCUCACCCACCAAACUGGAGGGACACAUCUGGGGCUCCAUGAGGAGGACGGCUUUCAUCCUGGGCUCUGGCCUUCUCUUGCUUGUGGCCCUCUGGAACUCAGUCACAUGGCAUCUUCAGAGAUUUUGGGGUGCUUCUGGCUACUUCUGGCAAGCCCAGUGGGAGAGGCUGCUGUCUACAUUCGAAGGGAAGGAGUGGCUCCUCUACGUUCUAGGUGCCACCCAGGGGCCCGUUCUGCUCUUCUGGACCGUCAGUGGACUUCUACUGGUGGUUGACACAACCGGAAAGCCUCACUUCAUCUCUCGCUACCGAAUUCAGGUCGGCAAGAAUGACCCUGUGGACCCCGUGAAACUACGCCAGUCUAUCCACGUGGUUCUCUGCAACCAGUUUGUGAUCUCUUUCCCCAUGAUGGUCUGGCUCUAUCCCAUCCUCAAGUUGAGGGGCGACCCCUGCCGCCGAGAGCUACCCACCUUCCACUGGUUCCUCCUGGAGCUGGCCGUCUUCACGCUGACUGAGGAAGUGCUGUUCUACUAUGCACACCGCCUCCUUCACCACCCAAAACUCUACAAGAAAAUCCACAAGAAACACCACGAGUGGACAGCUCCCAUUGGUGUGAUCUCCCUCUACGCACAUCCUAUUGAGCAUGUGGUCUCCAACAUGCUGCCGGCGAUGGUGGGUCCAAUUGUCAUGGGUUCCCACUUGUCCUCCAUCACCAUUUGGUUUUCUUUGGUCCUCAUCGUCACCAUCAUCUCCCACUGUGGCUACCACCUACCCUUCUUGCCUUCACCUGAAUUCCAUGACUACCACCAUCUCAAGUUCAACCAGUGCUACGGGGUGCUGGGGGUGCUGGACCACCUCCACGGGACUGACACUGUGUUUAAGCAGACCAAGGCCUACGAGAGACACAUGAUCCUGCUGGGCUUCACCCCGCUCUCCGAGAGCAUCCCCGAUCCCCCGAAGAAGACGGACUAA